UGAAAGGGAUCACGCGCAAGGCGGUUUACUUUCUUCGUUGCUCGCCGAUCGAUUUUGUGUGUGUGUUUUCUCAGUUCCUCGAUUGCUCCCGAUGGCGUCGUCUGGAUCGGCCGACGAAGAUUUCCAGUCUCGCGUUGAGAGGAUCUUCGGAUCUCUCGCCUUCUCUCGCUCCUCGUCUUCUAAUUCUUCUACGUCUUCUGCUCCGGCGUCACGGCAAAAUCAACCGGCCUCGGUGUGGUCCCUCUCCGACACAGACGUGGAGAAGCGGGAGUGGAAGCGAGAGCAGCUCGCUUCGUACGACAGGGACGAGAUUCCUUGUGCGUCAUCGUUCGACGAGCUGUUGAGACAGCAGAGGAUCUCGAGCACUGCUCGUAAGCCGUUCGAUGGCGAGGAUGAUCAAGGGGAAGGUGCUAACGAGGAAUUUGAUGAUGGAUGGAGCAUCAGAGCCUCCAUGGGACUUGAUCGCACUCUCGAUGACGAGGAAGAGGAAGAUGAAUAUGAUAAAGUCGCACUAGGGAAAGAGAAUGGCGGUGAAAGCUUGUCUAUGAAAGAUGUCCUUUGCCAAUCUUCUGGUGGGCGGAUUCGGGAUCCUCGUGCUAACCAUGUUGCUGCAAAAAUUAGGCUCAAGGAAGAUGAGAUCGAGGCCAAUAAACUUAGCACUUCUGGGGAACAACCCUCGAAAAGCAAAGAGCCACAUCCAGAAGAAUCAUCCAGAGCCGUGCCACCAAAACCUAUACUCAAAAGGAAGGAGAAUAGUUCAGAUUCAGAAGCAAGGACGAGUAAGCGAGUCAGGUUUGAUGGUGUGCCUGAGGAAACAUCCAAGAAGCCUGAAGUGGCCUGUUCAGCUUCUGCCUCCGUGAAAAUCGUAUCGCAGCAGAGUAAAAGCGGUGCUCGUGUACCGGAUUACUUGGUAAAUCCUUCGAAGUACACUUGUUACAGCUUUGAUCCAUCUAGCGAAAUGAACGAGAAGCCCCAAACACGAGAGCACAUGGACAUUGCCAAGGCUGUUGAAGGACUAGAAACGUCAGAGUCAGAAUCAUUCAAGAAAGUAUCAUUUAUCUCGCAGAAGAAGACUGAGGACGUAAGAGAAGACGGUAGUAACUGUAUCGAGACGAAGCCUGUUGUAGCAGGUCAGGUGUCAGAAGAUGAGAGAUCAAGUGCAGCAGAAGACGGGGAUACUGAAAUAGGAGAAUCAGAGAGCUGCACCAAUGUCAAAAGGAACGGUCGUCAAUACCGCGCCAAGCAAAGUGUAGAUGAAGCAGAUGUCUGAUCAUUCGGUUUGGUUAGAUCUCAUUCUUUAACUGUCUCGCCCUUGGAAAAUUGGAUGUGAUAAAUGAGAUGGAGCUACGUACAAGUUGGUUGAAAAUGCUUACAUGGAGAUGCGAACAUGUAGCAUCUUUUAGCAGCAUAUGUAAGAUAGUUUUAGUUCCUUGACUUGCUUUUUACCCAAUUCAAUAGUAAGAAAAUACACGAAGCAUAUUGUCUUUGAGACUGCUUGAUACUUGAUAGAAUAUUCUUUGCUUCAAAGAUUUUACUUAAAAACUCUACCAAAAUGGUGAUACCAAAU